AUGUUUUUUUUUUUUUACUUUUUCUACGGUUUAUAUCUGCGUGUACUAAUUUUUCUUCUCCCUUCAAAACCGUUCACUUUUUCCUUUUUCUUUUUUCCUUGUUUCGCUUUUUUCUUCUUUUUCUUCCUCCUCCUCCUCCUCCUUUUCUUUUUCUCUUCUUUUUACUCCUCUUCUAUCUCUUUUCUUCUUUUUUUCUCCUCCUCCUCCAUCUCUUCUUCUUCUUUUUCCUCCUCCUCCUACUAUUUUCAUUCUUAUUCCCACUCCCCUUCUUUUUUCUCCAAAUCUACCAUUUUUUCUUCUUUCUCACCCUCUUCUUCUUUUUUUUCUUCUUCUUUGUUUUUUCCAACAGAAGGAACAAAUUUGCAGGUGUUCCAUUUUUGUGGAAGAGAUGUAUUUAAUUUUCUUCAUCUAUCUAUCUAUCUAUCUAUCUAUCUAUCUAUCUAUCUAUCUGUCUCAUUCUGUUCAUAUCUAUCUAUCUCAUUUUGUUUCUAUCCAUCUGUCUAUUUAUCUAUCUCAUUCUGUUCAUGUCUAUCUAUCUAUCUAUCUAUCUAUCUAUCUCUCUAUUACAGUCUAUAUACUACAGUCCAUCCAUAUCUAUCUAUCUAUCUAUCUAUCUAUCUAUCUAUCUAUCUAUCUAUCUAUCAUUACGUUUCUGUCUAUCUCAUUUUGUUUCUAUGUAUGUAUGUAUGUAUGUAUGUAUCUAUCUAUCUAUCUAUCUAUCUAUCUGUCUGUCUCAUUCUGUUCAUAUCUAUCUAUCUAUCUCAUUUUGUUUCUAUCCAUCUGUCUAUUUAUCUAUCUCAUUCUGUUCAUGUCUAUCUAUCUAUCUAUCUAUCUAUCUAUCUAUCUCUCUAUUACAGUCUAUAUACUACAGUCCAUCCAUAUCUAUCUAUCUAUCUAUCUAUCUAUCUAUCUAUCUAUCUAUCUAUCAUUACGUUUCUGUCUAUCUCAUUUUGUUUCUAUGUAUGUAUGUAUGUAUCUAUCUAUCUAUCUAUCUAUCUAUCUAUCUAUCUAUCUGUCUGUCUAAUUCUGUUCAUAUCUAUCUAUCUCAUUUUGUUUCUAUCCAUCUAUCUAUUUAUCUAUCUCAUUCUGUUCAUGUCUAUCUAUCUAUCUAUCUAUCUAUCUAUCUAUCUAUCUAUUACAGUCUAUAUACCACAGUCCAUCCAUAUCUAUCUAUCUAUCUAUCUAUCUAUCUAUCUAUCUAUCAUUACGUUUCUGUCUAUCUCAUUUUGUUUCUAUGUAUGUAUGUAUGUAUAUAUCUAUCUAUCUAUCUAUCUAUCUAUCUAUCUAUCUAUCUAUCUAUCUAUCUAUCUGUCUAAUUCUGUUCAUAUCUAUCUAUCUCAUUUUGUUUCUAUCCAUCUAUCUAUUUAUCUAUCUCAUUCUGUUCAUAUCUAUCUAUCUAUCUAUCUAUCUAUCUAUCUAUCUAUCUAUCUAUCUAUCUAUCUAUCUAUCUAUUACAGUCUAUAUACCACAGUCCAUCCAUAUCUAUCUAUCUAUCUAUCUAUCUAUCUAUCUAUCUAUCUUAGUCUAUUCAGAUCUAUUUAUCUAUCUAUUUCACCUAGCUUAGUCUGUUCCUAUCUAUCUAUCGAUCUAUCUAUCUAUCUAUCUAUCUAUCUCAGUCUGUUCAUAUCUAUCUAUCUAUCUAUCUAUCUAUCUAUCUAUCUCUCUCUCUCUCUCUCUCAGUCUGUUCCUAUCUAUCUAUCUAUCUAUCUAUCUAUCUAUCUCUCUCUCUCUCUCUCUCAGUCUGUUCCUAUCUAUCUAUCUAUCUAUCUAUCUAUCUAUCUAUCUAUCUAUCUCUCUCUCUCUCAGUCUGUUCAUAUCUAUCUAUCUAUCUAUCUAUCUAUCGAUCUAUCUAUCUAUCUGUCUCUCAGUCUGUUCCUAUCUAUCUAUCUAUCUAUCUAUCUAUCUAUCUAUCUCUCUCUCUCUCUCUCAGUCUGUUCCUAUCUAUCUAUCUAUCUAUCUAUCUAUCUAUCUAUCUAUCUAUCUCUCUCUCAGUCUGUUCAUAUCUAUCUAUCUAUCUAUCUAUCUAUCUAUCUAUCUAUCUCUCUCUCUCUCUCUCUCAGUCUGUUCCUAUCUAUCUAUCUAUCUAUAUAUCUAUCUCUCUCAGUCUGUUCAUAUCUAUCUAUCUAUCUAUCUAUCUAUCUAUCUAUCUCUCUCUCUCUCUCUCUCUCUCAGUCUGUUCCUAUCUAUCUAUCUAUCUAUCUAUCUAUCUCUCUCAGUCUGUUCCUAUCUAUCUAUCUAUCUAUCUAUCUAUCUAUCUAUCUGAGUCUGUUUCAUGUUCUAUCUAUCUAUCUAUCUAUCUAUCUAUCUAUCUAUUUGAGUCUGUUCAUAUCUAUCUAUUAUCUAUCUAUCUAUCUAUCUAUCUAUCUAUCUAUCUCAGUCUGUUCAUAUCUAUCUAUCUAUCUAUCUAUCUAUCUAUCUAUCUAUCUAUCUCUCUCUCUCUCUCUCUCUCUCUCUCAGUCUGUUCAUAUCUAUCUAUCUAUCUAUCUAUCUAUCUUUUCUUUAUUUUAUUUCGCAUUCUUUGUCUUCUAUCUUCGGUAUCCUUCUUCGUGUUUCUCUUGCUGA